AUGGCUACUACUGCAAUCUCUUCGCCGGGGAAAGUGCUCCUCGCUGGUGGAUAUCUCGUGCUAGACCCCGCAUACUCGGGCGUAGUGGUGUCGACGAGUGCGCGAUUCUACACGGUUGUCCAAGAUCUCGACGAAGCGACGACGGUCGCACGCGCAAAGGCGGACCGCCCGAUUGAGAUUCGCGUGCGAUCGCCUCAGUUCGUUAAUGCGGCAUACACCUACUUGGUGUCCUUCGACGUCGACGGGGUGCACGUAGAGCAGGUUGCAGAUAGCGCGUCCGCGUCGUUCACGAAGAACAAGUUCGUACAUCUCGCGCUGCAGCGUACGAUCGCACUCGCCAUAGAGGCAAGAGGGGCGGGGACUUUGCAGAACAGACUGGGUUACGGCCUAGACAUCACCAUUGUUGGAGACAAUGACUUCUACUCUCAGAGAGCACAGCUGACCUCAAGGAACCUUCCGCCGACGCUUGCUUCACUCUCCCAGCUACCCCCCUUCAACCACACCGGCGUGCGCCUCCCGGAAGUGCACAAAACAGGCCUCGGCUCCUCCGCAGCUCUCAUAACCUCCCUCGUGUCCAGCCUGCUCGUGCACCUCGGCGUUGUCGCACGCGAUUCAUUCGACAACGACGCAGAAGGCGGUACCGCUUCUGCAAGCGAAGGACGCCGGCUUGCGCACAACCUCGCGCAGUACGUACACUGUCUCGCACAGGGCAAGGUCGGCAGCGGCUUCGACGUCUCCGCAGCAGUCUUUGGCAGUCAACUGUACACGCGCUUCGACCCCGUUGUGUUGGGAUCAUUGAUGAAGGAUGAGUCGACAAACGAGGCGCUCCUGCCCGUCAUCUCGCCGUCGAACACAGCAUGGAACUAUCGCGUAGAGCCGUUCAAGCUACCCCCGUUGACACGGCUGAUGCUUGCGGAUGUGGACGCGGGCAGCGACACGCCGUCACUAGUGGGGAAGGUGCUGAAAUGGCGCAAAGAGGCCGCCACAGCAGCAAACGCGCAUUGGGACGCGUUGGAUAAGGUGAACCACGCGCUUAGCGAGACGCUCCUCAAGCUAUCAGAAAUGCAUGCGCGAGACGCCACAGCGUAUGCCAAGGCCGUCAAGUAUCUCUCGACCCUGCAGAGCGUACAGCAUCUUGAUCAGUGGCUGGCGAUCAACCCGAACAUACCACCCGCGACGCAAGAAAUGAUAGACAUCUUCGCGGAGGCACAUCGCCUGUCCGAAGACGUGCGAGCCAAGAUGCGCGAAAUGGGCAAGCUGUCUGGCGUCCCGAUAGAGCCACCGGAGCAAACUGAGCUACUCGAUGCGUGCAUGUCGGGUGCUGGUGUUAUCGGUGGCGGUGUCCCUGGAGCUGGCGGCUACGACGCGAUCUGGCUUCUUGUACUCGACCCGACAAAUUGUCCGCCGCAGGAACUACCCUCAAGCCGCAUCGAAGGUGUGUGGGCCAGCUGGAAAGGGCUUGAUGUCUCCCCGCUGUCUGCAUCCGAGAGCGUUGCCAAGGGUGUGCGACUUGAGACUGUCGACCAAGUCAAUGGGCUGAGACAACUCCUCGAUGCACCAUGGUGA